UGUGUGUGUGUGUGUGUGUUCGUGCGGGUGUUACCGGGGUGUGCGGGAGCCCGAUCGCCGGUCAGGGAUGGAGCCGCUGCCAUGACAACGGCGGGCAGUCCGCCUGCGCGCCCGGGGAUGCUGCCGCCCGACCGGGCCGGGAUGCUGCUGCUGCCGCCGCGGUCCCGACACCCUUCCUCCUCCUCCUUCUCCUCCUCCUCGCUGCUCAGCUGAAGGGGGGACAUCUCUGGAGACCCACUUUUGGGAGCCGAGAAGCAUCCCGUCCCCGGCCUGGGGGGGGAAACAUCGCCGGCAGCUCCGCGGGGAAGUUUCGAUCUUGCGACAGAACCGGCAUUUCGGGGAGCUUUCGGGUGUUUUAGGGGCUUUGUUUUCCUUUUCCCGUUAUCAUUUCAAAGAGCAGCAGCCGGCAAACAGCCAAACUCCCCUGUUUUUGACUGGGUUUAUGGCCGCCCUCCCUUUCGUGCCAGAGCCACGUUUCCUCCUUGGGUUAUAAACUUUUGAUGCCAGAUCUCCGCAGCGCGUGCCCAAAUGAAUCUUAAAGUAGCGUCUGGAGCAGGCACACAUCUGUGACCUUCAUCUCUUGCACUGCAUCUUCUCUCCUCCUCUUCCUCCUCCUCCCCUCCGGCCCUCCCGUCCUCCUCCCUCACCCAAGGAUACUGGGGACUCCCUCCGGAUGCCGCUCGGCAGGCUCAGCGCUCGCAUCCUGCCUUGCCGGGGGCUCUCCUGAUCUCCGUGGAGCUCCUCAUCGCUCGGCCCCGGUGGUUUUGCUCCCCUCCUUCCCCACACACACGCACCCCAUCCCUCCUCUCUCCCCCUUCAUCCCCUUCUCUUUUCGCUCCCGGUGGCCUGGUCGGGUGUGUUUUUUGCCUGUUGGAAAAGUCCCUGCUGCCCAGGAUGGGGGUCGGUGGGUGCUUAGCCCUGCCCUGGAGGUGCCUAGUCGUCCUCUGUCUCAGGCUGCUCUUCCUUGUGCCCGCAGGAGUGCCCGUGCGCAGCGGAGAUGCCACCUUCCCCAAAGCCAUGGACAACGUGACAGUGCGGCAAGGGGAGAGCGCCACACUCAGAUGUACUGUUGAUGACCGGGUCACACGGGUAGCGUGGUUGAACCGCAGCACCAUCCUGUACGCCGGCAAUGACAAGUGGUCUAUAGACAACCGUGUGGUCAUCCUCUCCAACACCAAGACCCAGUACAGCAUCAAGAUACACAAUGUGGAUGUCUAUGACGAAGGUCCCUACACCUGCUCCGUGCAGACAGACAAUCACCCCAAGACUUCACGUGUCCAUCUCAUCGUGCAAGUUCCCCCCCAGAUUGUGAACAUCUCAUCAGACAUCACUGUUAAUGAGGGCAGCAGCGUCACCCUCAUGUGCCUGGCUUUUGGGAGACCAGAGCCCACCGUCACGUGGAGACACCUCUCCGGGAAAGGGCAGGGUUUUGUCAGCGAGGAUGAGUACCUGGAGAUCACGGGCAUCACUCGGGAGCAGUCCGGGGAGUAUGAAUGCAGCGCCGUCAAUGACGUGGCUGUUCCCGAUGUGCGGAAAGUUAAAGUCACCGUCAACUACCCACCGUUCAUCUCCAAUGCCAAGAACACGGGCGCCUCGGUGGGCCAGAAGGGCAUCCUGCAGUGCGAGGCCUCGGCUGUCCCCGUGGCAGAGUUUCAGUGGUUCAAGGAGGACACUAGGUUAGCCAAUGGACUGGAGGGUGUGCGGAUCGAGAGCAAGGGACGCCUGUCCACGCUGACCUUCUUCAACGUCUCAGAGAAGGACUAUGGCAACUACACGUGUGUGGCCACAAACAAGCUGGGCAACACCAAUGCCAGCAUCAUCCUCUAUGGCCCCGGAGCGGUGCACGACGGCGGCAACGCGGCGUCCCGGGCGGGCGCCGGGCUCUGCCUUUGGGCCACCCUCCUCGCUCGUCUCCUCCUCGACUUUUGAUAAGGGAGCGGAGGGUCCCGGGAGGCCCCCGCUGCCCCCCACGGCACCCGGGGACUCCUCUCCAUGGGGCGGGCGAUGCGCCAGAGGAUGGGCGCUGAGCAGCCGGGGAUGGGCCCGUCUCGGUGCCCUUCUCGCCGCCGGUUAUGCUGUACAGACCCCACCACGUGCCACCAGACUGUCACCCACCGAUGUCACCCCAGGGACGUGGUCCGGCACAGACGGGGCUCCCCACAGGCACGGAGCUGUCGCCAGGGAUAUCCAUCUCGUUGUUUCACUAAGCCACCUAUGCCCGAAAAGACCCCAAGGGCUGAAGCCCCAUGGCUCUGCCUUCAGCCCUCUUGGUCCUGAAUGUCACUUCUCGCUGCCAAAGCUCCUCCCUAAGCGCCCUCAGUGGCUCCUUCCAAGGGGCUCAGCCCACACAACCAGGGUCAAACCCCUCACAUUAGUCCUUCUCCCAGCUACCAUCUUCCUUACCCAAAGCACCAUCGCAUUCCUGAGGGCAGGAGCCUGGUCACCCAGGGAUGUGAGCCCUGAGGACUGCCACCAGCCCUCCUGGGGACCUCCUGCUCACCAGAUCGGGCAGCCAGGCUGCCACCCCUCUUUGCUCCAGACCCCUGUCCACUCCUCUGCUGCCCUCCCAAUGUCAGGGCCUGCCCCAUGGCUCUCGUCCUCAUGUGCUGCCAGCACUUAGAACCAUGGAAUCAACCAGGUUGGGAAAGACCUUUGAGAUCAUUAAGUCCAACCUUUUUCCCAGCACUGCCAAGGCCACCACUAACCCAUGGCACUGAGGGCCUCGGCUACAUGGUUUGGAACCACUUCCAGGGAUGGUGACUCCAGCCCUGCCCUGGGCAGCCUGUUCCAAUGCCUGAGCACCCUUUGGGGAAGGAAUUGUUCCUCAGCUCCAUCUAAACCUCUUGAGGCCGUUUCCUCUUGUCCUAUCCCUUGUUCCUUGGGAGAAGAGACAAUUCCCCACUUCACUAAAACCUCCUUUCAAGCAGUUGGGGAGGUUCCUCCAGGCGUGUUUUCCCAAGCACUUUCCAACCUGCCCAUCAAAAGCACAACACCACCACAUUGGGCAGAGGCACUAAACGACACAGCAAAACACCAGGUCCUGACACUGGCACCCAGAGGGGAUGCGACCACUCUUCACCUCCCUGUUCUCCCAUGGUGGCCUCUCCUACCAUUUGGCCAAGUAUCUCUGCUCUUUGAGGGGUGGAAAACACAUGGGUGCACACUCUGAGCCGUAACAUCCACAUUCUGCCUUUUCUCACACACACCACGUGCCCCUGCCUGAAGAAAGUCCAUCUAAUGCACUUGACCCUAUGGAGGAGGCUCUGGCUCCAUCACUUGCUGCAGGGACAAGGACAGCUCUCACGCCCUGAGCUUGCUACUUGCCAAUCCCUGCUGCUGCUACAUGCCUUGGACACCAAAAUGGAUGCAACCAGACUCUACCCUCUGCUUUCUCCCCUGCUACCCGUGAUGAUGGCCCCAUAACCUCCCUCCCUACUGAAUCACAGCCCCAACAGCAUCCUGCACCACAGUCCUGUAUGUGGUGGCAGCCCUGAGCCUUCCCAAUGCCCCGUGUCCACCUGGGAAUGCACCAGGGAUAGACCCUCCUGUCCUGCCUCUGCACAGUCACCUACAAUGCCAGACCCUAUGCCUGGACACAGAGCUUCAGCUCUAUAACACAGCGAGCAAGCACACAAAGCAUCCAAGUCCUGCCCUAUGCCUCCCCAUACCUUGUCCCUUCCUUCUCCUUCCAUAAGUGACAUGGCUUAAGAGCAAUGACCAUGCACACGCUGCCUUUCCCAUGCAAACUUUGCUGCUACCACAACCUCCUUGCUCUGCCAUCCUACUGGAGAAAGCUGGGGCUGAUGGUCCUCAACGCACAAGACCAUAGAAUCAACCAGGUUGGAAAAGACCUUUAAGAUCAUCAAGUCCAACCAUUACCCCAGGACUGCCAAGACCACCACUAAACCAUGUCAUUGAGGGCUACACCCUCUAGCCAGAAGCCACCAUGGGCCACCUCUCCAUCCGUUAUGCAGCCCCACAAGCACAGGACCUACACAAAAAGAAAGCAACAACUACAACAUCUCAGUGGAUGGUCCUGCCUCCACACCCUGGAUGUUCAACAUGUACCAUGGCUGACUGCUAAAACCAACGCUGCCCGAUGCGCUGGCUUACCUGAUGGAUGAGGAUCCAGCACAGGGCUGACCUGGAGAGUCCAUGUCCUGCAGUCCCUGUGGUCCUGCUCCUCUUCUCCAGCAGUGAGCUGGGUCCUAGCACAUGGCCCUGGGUGGCACCAUCUUCAGCCAGCACGGCGACAAGCACAUCCUUCUCAUGUGCCAGCUCCAAAAAUCCCCUUGGGCGCAGGAGAUACCUUGCCCCAGCACCUCCACCAGUCCACACCACCCUGUGACGGCCCCUCACCACCUCUCCGUGCCCCUUCCCGACCAGCCCCAUAUGUCCCUGUCCCCACAGUAAACGCUGACAUAGCCCCAGAUGCACAAGGGCAGUGGCAUAUUGGAGGUGACGACGAGACACCAUGAUGCCAAGCGGACCUGGCGCCGGGGCCACCCCAUGCCCAGUCCUCCUCCUCCUCCUCCCUGGGUUGGGGUUCCCCCAUCCUCUGCCUUGGAUGGUGGUUGACAUUCCCGUGCCAUGUAACGUGCCAUUGUGAGGAACGUGUUGGCUCUUGGAGGCCGGCUCUCCCCGUUGGGACGCUCGGGGGGGUGGCCGGGCACCCGGGAUGGGGGGAAUGUGGCUCCCGGGUCUCUCCGGCUGAUGGCCGUGAUGGCCAGUCUUGAGUUUCCGUCAUUGUAUUCCAAGGGUGGCUCUACUACCUGAGAUUUGUGCAUGUUACAUUGUAGUUGUAACCUUUUCUAAUUCGGCAAGAAUAAGAGAUGGUUGUGAUUGUGCAGUGUAUCAAUAAAGUUUGACCAACUUUGUA